AUUACGUCCAAUGGAGAAGUAAGAUUUUCGCAGAUCGCCGAAUGAUAGCGCCGAUGACGGGCAAGCAUUGAACUUGCUUUUAGGUGAACCCCAUUUCUGCCGCGUUAUCGAUUGGAGCUAGAAUCCCACGAAGCUCGCUCGGACCAGUGCGUGUUUCCCCAGGUCUCGUGCGGUCGGUGAGACUCAGGCUCCUACACCACACCUCUCCACUCUCCCUUUCCCUUCCCCUCCCUCCUAUAUCGCUAGCAAAAUGGCGGACGCACCGAAACCGCUCCCGUUCGUCUACCAAUUCGCGGCUGGUGCCGUGGCCGGUGUUUCUGAAAUCUUGGUCAUGUACCCGCUUGAUGUCGUUAAGACCCGAGUGCAGCUGCAGACCGGAAAAGCCACGGGUGAGGAGGGUUACAAUGGAAUGGUGGAUUGUUUCCGCAAGAUCAUCAGGAAUGAAGGCUUCUCCAGAUUAUACCGUGGUAUCAGCGCGCCUAUUCUCAUGGAGGCGCCGAAGAGAGCCACCAAAUUUGCAGCCAACGACUCCUGGGGGACCUUUUACCGCAACCUCUUCGGGCAGGAGAAGAUGACCCAAUCCCUCUCUGUGCUCACCGGUGCAACUGCUGGAGCCACUGAGUCCUUCGUCGUCGUUCCCUUCGAGCUUAUCAAGAUCCGUCUCCAGGACAAGGCGCAGGCGCACAAGUACAACGGGAUGAUAGACUGCUUCACGAAGACCGUAAAGAACGAAGGCCCGCUCACCCUUUACCAGGGUCUCGAGUCGACGAUGUGGCGCCACAUCCUCUGGAACGCCGGAUACUUCGGCUGCAUCUUCCAAGUCCGCGAACUUCUCCCGGCGGCCACUACCAAGCAGGGCCAAGUCACAAACGAUCUCAUCUCUGGUGCCGUUGGUGGAACUGUCGGUACCAUCCUCAACACUCCCAUGGACGUCGUCAAGUCGCGCAUUCAGAACUCAACCAAGGUCGUAGGAACCGUACCAAAAUACAACUGGGCAUGGCCCGCCCUCGGCACUGUCAUGAAGGAAGAAGGCUUCAGCGCUUUGUACAAGGGCUUCUUGCCCAAGGUGCUCAGAUUGGGCCCAGGUGGCGGUAUCCUCUUGGUCGUGUUCACUGGUGUCAUGGAUUUCUUCCGCGGGAUGCGUGGAGACAUCUAACAUCCGCGUGACCGGUAGAUGGACGGGCGUAGGGCAGUUCGUGGCAUGAAGAUGUAAAGGCUACAGCGGACAGUUGACCAAGAUACCUUUUUUUAGCGUCUCAAGCUGACGGCAUGGCAUAUAGAGUGUACAUUGCGUCUCCUCGACUUGUAGAACAGACAACUUCGGCAUCAUAGCCACUCACUCUUCAUCACGAUCACAUCCAGUUGCGCAAA